AUGGAAGUCUACGUGUACGAUAUGAUUGUGAAAAGCCAAGGGGCCGGAAUGCACCUUGCCGACCUGGCCGAGGCGUUCGCCACACUGCACAAGUUCGGCAUGCGACUCAACCCCACAAAAUGCACUUUCGGCGUCACCUCCGGCAAAUUCCUUGGGUUCAUCGUACACGAAAGAGGAAUUAACGCCAAUCCCGAGAAGGUGCAGGCGAUAAUCAACAUGCAAUCCCCCCGGACGAUUAAAGACCUGCAGCAACUUAACGGAAGGCUUGUCGCCCUGUCUCGCUUUCUCGCUCGAUCGGGCGAUCGCUGCCUCCCAUUCUUCAAGGCGCUCAAAAACCCGAAGAACUUCCGAUGGACAUUAGAAUGCGAGGAGGCUUUCAAGCAAGUAAAUCAACACUUGGCCAGCCUCCCCCGGCUCGCCUCUGUCUCCCCCGGCGAGAAGCUGUGUCUCUAUUUGGCGGCCUCACCGCACGCAGUCAGCUCUGUCCUGAUCAACGAAAGCUCCUACCAACAACUCCCGGUCUACUACGUCAGCCACAUCCUGGGUGGACCCGAGGAGCGUUACCCGCCGAUAGAAAAACUCGCGCUCACCCUGGUGCUCUCGGCUCGGAAGUUGCGCCCCUACUUCCAGGCAUACACGGUGGAGGUCAUCACCGACCAACCGCUUCGACAGGUCUUAACCAAAUUUGAUGUUGCAGGAUGGCUCCUCAAAUGGGCGGUGGAGCUCGGCGAGCAUGAUAUAAGAUACGUGCCUAGGACUGCCAUCAAGGCCCAAGCGGUAGCCGACUUCAUCGCGGAGUUAACUCAGACGGAGGACAGAGGUCUCGAGCAAACCCCUGAAGCUUGGACCCUACACGUGGAUGGCUCGGCCAACUCAAGGGGUGUCGGCGCGGGACUGGUUCUCCUCGCCCCUGACGGACGCUCGUUCGAGCGCUCCCUCCGCUUCGGGUUUAAAGCCACCAACAACGAGGCGGAGUAUGAGGCACUCCUAGCAGGACUAAGGUUGGCCCUUGAGAUGCAGGUGGCCACAAUACGCGUCCUCACCGACUCGCAGCUCGUGGCCGAGCAGCUCAGCGGAGGAUACGAAGCUCGGGACGCAACCAUGGCGAAAUACCUAGCACGGGUAAGGGACCUAACCGCCAAGUUCCCUUACUUCACGUUGUCUAAUAUUCCGAGGGAGGAGAACGAGCAAGCCGACGCGCUAGCUAAGCUGGCGUCAAAGCCGACCUCCGAAUCAUGGCCAAAGGUUGAUGAGCUUCCUGCUCGCGACAUUGAAGUGGCGGCUACGACCCCAGGCAGUGCGCCGACCACGUGGGUACAAGAGCUGCUGCGCUUCAAACGGGAUGGAACCCUUCCCCUCGAUGUGGUCACGGCUCGGCGUCUGCGCCGUACGCACGCGUGGUACACCGAGGAGAGCGGGCGGCUUUACAGACGAUCCUUCACCUAUCCCCUCCUGCGGUGCUUGGAGCCUAACGAUGCCCAGACGGUCCUGGCCGAAACCCACGAGGGGGUUUGCGACGAACACAUAGGCGGGCGGACCUUGGCACACAAGACACUCCGCCAAGGCUACUACUGUCCGACCAUGUGCCGGGACGCGAAAGCUUAUGUACAGCGGUGCGGUUCGUGCCAGCAACAUGCCCGCGCACCCCAACAGCCCGUGGUCCCGCUCAGCCCCAUCGAUUGCGCGUGGCCGUUCGCACAGUGGGGCUUGGACCUGCUCGGACCCUUCCCAUCGGCUUCGGGGUAG